AUGGACGACAAAUCAGCCUCCUAUGCGCUGGCCCGGAUGCACUGGUACUUGGGAGUCGCUGCACGUGCGCGAGAGGAAGUUCCGGCCAACAUGGCCCUGUCAAAGGUCGCGACCAACUUCGCGUACAACUACCUCCAAAUGUACUUGAGGAGGAUGAACGAGGAGGAGAGGGAGGAGCAAGAGAGGGAGCAGGUUGCUCGCGCUGAGGCAGAGGAGGCCAGGCGCCUCCAGAACGUGAGUAUUCCCAUCUUUUUCUGGAAUCGUCUUCGUCCCGCCGCCCGCGACCGCGCCUUUCGCCGCGCUUUCCUCCGCACAAAGCUGCAAGGUCGCCGCCGUUGA